UUACGGUAAUUAUAUUGCUGCAAGCAAACAUCAUUGCGCAAUCAUACGCAGGGAAAAUCAUUUUGGAUCGCACGUGGAAAACACAAGUAAAUCAAGAUGAAUUCUGGGAGGAGCCAGAAUGGUUCACGUCGGCGGCCGAUGCAGCAGAACUUGAGGAGAGCCCGCAAAGCAAUGAAGAAGAUGGUCCAGUUUGCUGAGGAUGAUCAUCAAGACAACGAAGGGGUCUUGCCGUCAGAUGGGAGGAGCUUUAAAAAACAGAAAGGAGCGAAGCCAAGAAAACAGAGGAGGAAAGAAAUGAGAAUAAUGAAGAAAGCCAAAAAACAUGCCUUUUUGUCAGGAAAAAACCUGAAUGACAUCAGUGGAGAGAAGAAGGAGUCGACCAAGAAAGCAAAGUCACCAAAGAAAGUUACUUCAAAGGAUUCAAAGACAGCUGAGAAGAAAGCGAAAAGAGAAGAGAAAAUAAGGAUGGAGAAAGAAGAGCAGAGAAAGCGUGAGCUCUUGGCAGCUAACGAGGAAGAGGAAAAAAACAUCAGACGUUUGGAGAAAGGCCUUAACUUCAGGAAGAAGAGGAAGACAAAAGAGAAGAUAACUCCAACAGCAUUCAAAGAAGAUGGCCUAGAUUACUUACUGGAUAUUGUGAAUCCUAAACUCUUAGAGGCAGCAAUGGAUGAUGAGUUCAUGGACUUUGGAAAAAAUACAGAGGGUAGUGAGGAGGAGGAGGAUAGCAAGAAUGAUGGAUUAGAGGAGGAUGGUGAUGGUUUAGAAGACGAUACGCUGGAGGAUGGGCAACAAGAGGACAAUAAAGAGAGGAUUGCUAAGAGGAAAUCUUCUGAUCAGCAAUUGAAAUCUAGGAAAAAGUUGAGACUUUCAGAUGAAGAUGAUGAUGAGUUGGACUCAGAUGAAGAUGGAUUUGGAAUGGAGGAAGAUGCUCAUGAUUUUGAUAGUGGUGAUGAUGAUGAUGAUGAGGAUGAGGAGGAGGAGGAUGAGGAGGAGGAGGAUGAGGAAGAGGAGGAGGAACAAAUUGAUGAUUCAGACGAAGAUGAUAUGAGAAAGACAAUGUCAAUCAAGAUGGAUCCCUACGGUAAUGUGAUCGGCGAGAAGAAACCCGAGAAGACAUUAUCCUACAUUCCUCCUCAUAAAAGAGCCGAGAUGAUGGGACAAUCAGUGGACGCUGAGAAGCAAGCUAAGAUGGAUCGAUUGAGGAAACAACUCAAAGGAGCAAUAAAUAGGUUGAGUGAGAGCAAUGCCCUGUCCAUCUCCAACCAAAUAGAGGAGCUUUAUCACACCAACAGCCGCAAUGAUAUGAAUGAGAGUUUGAGUAGACUGAUCCAAGAUGCAUGUAUCAGCUACAGCAUGGCACCCGACAGACUCGUCAUGGAACAUGUUUUUCUGAUUGCUAUCCUACACUCCGUCAUUGGCAGUGAAGUGGGUGCCCAUGUACUGCAGUCCAUAGCAACUCGUUUUGAUAGGAUUCACUCUGAUGAUGGUAACUAUGGCGAUAGCAAGGAAAUAGACAACAUCAUUAUGCUCUUUAUCCAUCUUUAUAACUUUCAGAUUGUCCACUGUGUGCUGAUAUAUGACCUGAUCAAGAAACUUGCGGAAAGCUUUACGGAGAGACACAUCGAAAUGCUUCUACAAAUCUUAAAAAGUGCAGGUGCCACACUCCGAAAAGAUGACCCAUCAUCCCUCAAGGAUAUUAUCCUUCUCAUUCAGAACAACGCCAAUCAUUGUCCAGAUGAACUCAAACAACAGUCUCGAGUGAAGUUUAUGCUGGAGACGAUUGGCGCAUUACGUAACAACAACCUACGCAGGAUCCCUAACUAUGACCCUACAAACCUUGAUAGACUGAGGAAACUACAUCGAAGCAUCAUCAAAGAAAGAGGUGGUGAUGAUUCUACACUUCGUAUCUCGCUCGCCGAUCUCAUCUUGGCUGACGAAAGAGGUCGCUGGUGGAUUGUAGGAUCGGCUUGGAGCGGUCAUGGCCCUAAACAGAAUGUCAGUGACCAAUCUUCAGGAGGGCAGCUGGAUGAGAUUGUCGGCAAGAACCUAGAAAGCAGUAACAAGAUUAGUGAGUUGUCACGGCAACAGAGAAUGAAUACAGACAUCAGACGAACUAUCUUCAGUAUCAUCAUGACUGGGGAGGAUUACACAGAUGCUUUUGAGAAGCUGGUGAGGCUGGGACAGAAAGGAGGUCGUGACCGGGAAGUAGUUCAUGUGACCCUAGAUUGUUGUCAGCAGGAGCGUUCUUACAACCCUUACUAUGCCUACGUCAGUGAUAAACUAUGCCAGUUUGACAGGAAAUUUAGGAUGGCAUUCCAGUUUGCUUUAUGGGACAAGAUCCGUAUGUUGGAAGAAUUAAAUCCUUCUGCCUCGAGAAACCUAGCCCUCCUUCUCUCUCACCUCAUAUCAUGUAAAGCUCUUCCUCUCUCAGUAAUAAAGAUUGUGGAGUUUGCAGACAUGAACAAGCACACGGUGAGAUUCCUGAGUAGUCUUCUAACAGACUUACUUCUAGAAAAGCCAGACACUCUCAUCAUGUCUAUCUUUGGAGGAGUUGCGUCGGUGGCCAAGCUACGAGUCUUGAGAGAAGGACUGGGACUCUUUAUGCAUCACUUCUUGUUGAAUACAAACAGGAAGGUGAAAGGAGGAGAGGACGUGAUAGAGAAGUUAAAGAAGAAAAUCUUGAUUGCGGAAAGUGCUAUGCAAGGAGAAGACGGGCCAGUUAAAUUAUAAGCUGGUUUCAUGAAUAUUUAUUUAAACGCAUCAGACUCCCUGGUAGACUUCAGCAGUAUGCAUGACACAAGUGUAUAUUGAUGUUUAGUCAAGAUGGUGUGAUGUUUCAAUCCUUGCUCAAUGUUUAAAGACGUCACGCAUAGGAGUGGGCUAUCAUGGGGAAUUGGACAAGGUUUUGGUUUACACAAUAACAGGUGUUGUCAAUCACCAGGAUUAGCCUUCAGUUUUAUGACUAACAGGCUUUAUGUAAUGCCUUGCAUUCCUCCAUAUUAUCUCACCUUUCCCUCACCUGAAGACUCUGCGAGAUACUAUGGGGUAUUUUUUUUUUUUUUUUUUGCCUACUGGCUCGCUGUGUGCAGAGUUUACACAAAUUAAUGGUAUUUCCACCAAGUCUGGUGUCAUUGAAAUACGGCUUUGUGCACAUGAAAACUGACGAUCCACUGGCUUCAAGUCCCAAGACAUGAUUUGUAUCUACAGAUGGUUCUCACAACAUAUGAGUAGUAAAAGGUCAGGAAGUAGGAUGUAUUCCCUUUAAAACACUGUGAGAUGAUAGGUCAGAUAACGAGUGAAGGAUUGUGUUGUCUCUUUUGCUGCAUGUGAGGUGCAUCCACACAUCACUUUAUGAGAAUCAUUACCAAUAUGGGAUAAAAUAUUGCAUUACCUGCAUCAGGAAUGGGAUUUAUACUUGAUAAUUAGUGAUUUAAUUUGUAUUAGUGAACCGUUACUUUUUAUAGAGCAAAUAUAUCCUGCAGGAUUGGAAAGAAACUAUUUUCUUGGUGAUGCCUUUCAUAGGCUACUUUGGUUUCGUGCGAUCAUACAUUGCAGCUCUCUCCCAUGCUCAUUUUGAAAAUCUCAUCAGAAAAUAUAUGAUAAAUUUCUUUCUUAAACUACCACUUUUCUUCUACAGGUGAUUGUUAUAGAAUGCAUGGAUAUUUUUUUUCCAGAAAAAAAAUGUAAUCAGGUAGUUGUUCCUGCCAUGCUGGCAUUUUCAUUUACGUAAACAUACUUC